AAGUGAUAGGGAAAGAGAGAGAGAGAGAGAGAUAGCAAGUGAUUUAUUCUACAAACAUAUAAACAGUCUUUUUAUUUUCAUAAUCAUAAUCCACCCUUAUUUUAUUAUUGAAAUUGUCUCUUUUAAUUGUAUACUUGUUUGACCUAAGUGUUAGUUUAAUAAAAGAUGUCCGCUCCAUAUUCAAAUCAACCCCCACCAAUAGGUCUUAAUGGUCCUCCGGCCGCUGCACCUCCAAGUUAUCCAGGUUAUCCACCAGCAGGUCCACCGAUGAACCCAGGUUAUCCUCCUUAUUCACAACCUUAUGGUGGACAACAGCCACCGCCAGCUUAUGGUGGAGCACAACCACCACCACCAAUGCAACCUUAUGGACAACAGCAAAAUUAUCCAACGGCUGUCAAUGAAGGUAAUUGGAUGCCAACUCCACUAAUACCAAAUUGUCCACCAGGAUUAGAAUAUUUAACUCAAAUUGAUCAACUUCUGGUUCACCAGAAAGUUGAGCUUCUUGAAGCUUUCAUUGGCUUUGAGACAAAAAACAAAUAUCACAUUAAAAACAGUAUGGGCCAGAAAGUGUACACUGCAAAUGAAGAUACUGAUUGCUGCACCAGAUGUUGUUGUGGAUCUGCUAGAGCUUUUGAUAUGAAAAUUCUCGAUUAUCAGAAACGAGAAGUUCUUCAUCUCUACCGCCCUUUGCGAUGCCAAUCCUGUUGGUUUCCCUGCUGUCUGCAACGCAUGGAAGUUACUGCUUCUGGUAAUUUAUGUGGAUAUGUUGAACAAUCCUGGAGCCUUUGUUUCCCUAAAUUUAGAGUUUGUAAUGCUGCAGGAGAUACAGUUUUACGAAUCGAAGGACCAUUUUGUACUUUCUCUUUCUGUGGUGAUGUUGAAUUUCAAGUAUUAUCACGCGAUGGCGACACGCAAGUCGGUCGUAUAACUAAACAAUGGUCUGGUUUAGCUCGAGAAGUAUUCACAGACGCUGAUCAUUUUGGUAUUUCAUUCCCAAUGGAUUUAGAUGUCAAUAUUAAAGCUGUAUUAUUGGGAGCUUGUUUCUUAAUUGAUUUCAUGUUCUUCGAGAAAACUGGAAAUAAAGAACGUGAUAGACCGGGAAUGUUUGAUUAGGACG